AUGGAAACAUAUUGUGACCCUUCAAGUGAAAAUUGUACUUGCCAAAGGAACACAUCACAUGACAAAAAUAGAGGGAUAUGUAUUUGGCUGAAAUGCAGAAAUCCACAAAAACCAGAAAUAAAGAAAGAUGACGAGUCUGACAUAUAUGAAAAUAAUGGUGACAGCAACGAUGUUGCUGUUGCUCAGAGUUGUGUACACCACCAACAAAGUGUACAUCGCUGUGUUCAAGAAACAACAGGGUAUCAAGGACCAAAUUCAAAAGAUCAAUACAAUGGUAAUAUUGCAGGGUAUGCAGAAUCUCUGUUAGUACCUUCUGGUCGUCUGACGGGAAACCCAGAGAGAGUACAGGCUAGUAUUGGUAGUCCUGAUGUCGGCACUGAUGAUGUAUUCACUGGAAACAAGAAUACUGUUGUACCAAUGAGAACAUUAGGUGCAGAAAUAAAUCUUGAAUUGAGUCCAAUGAUCCAGUGUGAUGGUACAUCAGAUUGUGAAGAACUGUACAAAACACUAACGCACUGACAGAUAAUGGUGAAAGUGAUCAUAUUUAAAGUUUUUAUUAUGAUUUAUAAGAAGGAAGACCAGGCAUUUGUCAUGUUACGUUUAAGCAAAAUGUGAGGAACAACUUUCUUUAAUAAUUGAUCAAACACUAUUUUAGAUGAAACAAACUAUUUAAAAUGUGUUAAAUUAUUUUCGUGAAACAGGUAAGUCCAUUUAAUUUUUAUCCAAAUAUCAAUAUGUGUCUCUUGUUUUCUAUCAGUAUAUGUAUAUAAGUUGCGGAAAAUUGAAUUCUGAAAGAUUAGAAAAAUUACAACUGGAAGCAGCACGUAUUGUCACUGGUCUAACAAGCUAUGCUAGCACUCAAUCACUCUAUUUAGAAACGGGAUGGGAAAAGUUAUAGAUCAGACGGGAAGUUCAAACAUUAAUUUUAUUUUACAAAAUUAUGAAUGAGGAUUUUGCAAAACACUUAUAAAGAUUUUUAUGUAGAUGAAAAAAUGAAAAAGAAAUUGAAAGAGGGAACUUAAUCAAUCUUGUUUCGUCAGUUACAUCAUUUAAUUUAUUUUUGAAUAAUGUCCAGCUUUUUAUUAAUUUCAAUAGAUAGAUAUAAAUGUAAAAGAUAAUU